GCAGCCGGGCCCGUGUGGCAGGGCUCGGAGAGCAUUCGUGUGGUGUGGCGCCGGCAUGGGCCUGCUGAGCGGGGUGGCCCGCUGCCUGGUGCGGGGCGCCGACCGGAUGAGCAGGUGGACCAGCAAGCGGGGCCCGCGCACCUUCUGCAAGGGCCGCGGUGCCAAGGGCACCGGCGUCCACGGCCGCGGCGGGAAGUUCGUGCAGGUCCGGGAGAUGGUCCCGGAGCUGGUGGUGCCCGACCUGGCCGGCUUCCGGCUCAAGCCCUACGUGAACUACCGCGCCCCGGCCGGCGCGGACGCGCCCCUGACGGCCGAGCAGCUCUUCCGGGACGCGGCGGCUCCUGCCAUCGAGAGGGACUUCCGGGACGGCACCUUCGAUCCCGAGCGCCUGGACAAGUACGGUUUCGAGCCCACCCAGGAGGGCAAACUCUUCCAGCUGUACCCCAAGAACUUCCCGCGCUAGGAGCGGGGCGGCGCCGGGCCCGAGCGGCGGACUGCGCCCCGCCGCCCUCACCGGCGUCCUCACCGGCCUGCGUCCCCGCCGCCCUCACCGGC